UGUGUGCUGUUGGAAAUUGAGUGCCGAUUAAUUUAACAUGGGCAUUCUCAGAGCGACUAAUGUCUGAGGCUCUGGCUCAAAAGGCUUCAGUUCCACUUGAAUUGUCGUCCAGAACGGUUGGAAAAUUUUCGGCAGAUUGAGUGUGUUUCCUGGACUAGAGAAGAUUUUAAUAAUAAGAAGAUUGAAUUUUACAGCUGCUUCAGAUUGCAAAGACAGUGAUAAUUGUGAUUCUGACAAGUGACGACAAAUGUGGCAUUUUUAUGGGAAUAUUCUGUACGUGAUGAACAGUUAAUUCUAUCGGAAUUGAGAAGCCUUUUAUCAUCUUUCUGUGCUGUUUUUCAUUUUGUUCUUUUAAAAACUUGAACGAGACUCUUUUGUGAGAAAUUUGUGGAGUGUUUGUGAUAUAUUUGUGGGAAUUUUUCACGCAACGACUUUGGAUUUACCAUCGCGGAACCAUGAAGAAGAGCUAUGGAGUGUCAAAUGGGGGUUUUGUGGCAUCAACAGACGAUCUCAAAGCGAAGCAGAAUGGGAUUGAAAUCGGCGAACCGACUCCUGCGGAAGGAGAAACACCGCCGGAUGGGGAGAAUCGCGACACGUGGGGACACGGAAUUGAGUUCCUCAUGUCCUGCAUCUCGAUGUCCGUGGGCUUGGGAAAUAUCUGGCGAUUCCCGUUUGUGGCGUAUGAAAACGGCGGCGGAGCCUUUCUCAUUCCCUACAUCAUUGUCCUCGUGAUUGUGGGCAAACCGAUGUACUUUCUCGAGAUGAUUUUGGGACAAUUCACGAGUCGAAGUUCCGUGAAGAUCUGGUCCGUGUCGCCAUUCUUCAGAGGCAUCGGCAUUGGACAGAUGGUGGGCACCUGCUCUGUGAUUUCAUACUAUUGCUCAAUGAUCGGCCUGACGCUCAAUUACUUCUUCUCGUCCUUCCAAGCGGAGCUUCCGUGGUCGCGCUGCCGCGAAGAAUGGGGCGACAAUUGUGUGGAUUCCAAGCCGAAUCCCAACCAGACGAACAACUUCACGCAAGGCAUCAGCAGCUCCGAACUGUACUUCAUGAAGGAGGUGCUCAAAGCUAAAGACCAAAUUGAUGAUGGAAUAGGUGUUCCUGAUUGGAAAUUGACUCUCUGGCUCUUGCUGGCCUGGGUGAUGGUGUUCGUCGUGAUUUGUCGCGGCGUGAAGAGCAGUGGGAAGGUGGCUUACUUCCUCGCCAUCUUCCCGUACGUCGUGAUGAUCACGCUGCUCAUUCGUGCGUGCACACUCGAAGGUUCUGGCGAGGGAAUUCUCUUCUUCAUCCGCCCACAAUUCUCCGAAUUGCUCAAUCCCAAGGUCUGGAAGGAAGCUGUCGUGCAGUGUUUCUUUUCUUUAGCCACCGGAAUGGGUCCAAUAAUAAUGUUUUCAUCGUAUAAUCAGUUCAGUCAUAAUGUUUAUAGGGAUGCAAUGAUCGUGACUACGUUGGACACUUUCACUAGUCUUCUGGGCGGCAUCACGAUGUUCGCCAUCCUCGGUAAUCUGGCGCACAAUCUCAACGCCCACAUCACGGAAGUGGUGAAGGUGGGCUCGGGACUGGCCUUCAUCUCCUAUCCGGACGCCAUCUCCAAGUUCGACUGGGUGCCGCAACUCUUCGCCGUGCUGUUCUUCUUCAUGCUGCUCGUGCUGGGAUUGGGCUCCGUUGUGGCGCUCGUGAGCGCCGUCGUGACGGUCUUGAGGGAUCAAUUCCCAAAAGUCGUGUACUGGAAGAUGGCUCUGAUUGUCUCUUCGACUCUCUUCCUGGUUGGACUGAUUUACACGACGCCGGGCGGACAGUGGAUGCUGGAUCUGGUGGAUCACUACGGCGGCACCUUCCUCAUCUUCGCGCUGGCCAUCGUGGAGCUGGUGGCGAUCUUCUGGGUCUACGGCCUCGGGGACUUCGUCAUGGACACGCAGUUCAUGUGUAAGCGCUACGUGGGUCCGUACUGGCGCUAUUGCUGGGCUCUGGUCACGCCCGUCUUCAUGCUGAUCAUCUUCGUGUACCACAUGGCCUCACUCAAGCCGCUCACGUUCGGCUCCAGCGACUACCCGGACGAGGCACACGUUGCCGGCUGGAUUCUGUUCGCCAUCGGCAUGGUGCAGCUGCCGUUGUGGGCAGUUUACGCGGUGGGCUGCAAGACGCCCGUGUACGACAGUCUGCGCCAGAGCUUGCGGCCGACAGACGAGUGGGGCCCCAAGAAUCCCAAAAUAUACCUCGAGUGGAAGCAGUUCAAGGCGGACUUGAAGGGCCGAAAUGCGCAGAUCAACUCGCAGAAGAACUACUCGAAGCGACUGGUGGCGCUGCGCAACUUCUUCGGCAUCUACUCGUACUGAGUGCGGAUCUUUGUGUAAAGUCCUUCCUCUUAUUUAAGAUUAUAUCAUACAAAUUGUAUAGUGACAUAGUAAUAAUAAAGAGUA